UCCAAUUCAUAACACAAACUCUCUACCUUGUUACAAUAUAAUCUUUCCUUUGUAUUCUUUUCACUUGAACCAUGGCCACUCCACACAAGGCACCCACCACUCCUGCACCUGCCUUGCUUCAUUCUAAGCAAUCUGCAAUCACCCCCAAGGAGGAGUUGAGCACCAGACAUUACUCCGACGAAGUCGUCACUGGCCACAUUUAUGCCAAACAUCGUGAUGAUGACACUACCAAAAUUGACCUUCAUAGUUACAUCUCAGUUAUUGAGAGCAUCAUCACCACUGCUGAUCGAAUUACCGAUACCGUUCAUCGUGGAAGUGAAGGGCGUUUGGUUUAUUCAAAUGAUUCAUUGGCAUCCACUGCUGUGAUCGAGCCACCGCUAUGUACUCUUCAUCAUAUCUCAAGCGAGCUAUCAUGCAAGGCUCCUGGGAUAGAAAAAGCACAUGAAACAACAAUAGAAAUCUUUGAAAUACUAGCAAAUUAUCCAUGGGAAGCCAAGGCAGCUCUUACUUUAUUAGCCUUUGCAACUGAUUACGGAGAUUUAUGGCAUCUCUACCAUUACUCUCAAGCUGAUCCAUUGGCUAAAUCUUUGGCAAUCAUAAAAAAAGUUGGUACUUUGAAAAAGCACUUGGACUCGCUACGAUAUCGACAAGUACUUCUCAACCCCAAAAGUCUAAUCCAAAGCUGCUUACAAGCACUCAAAUACAUGAGUGAGAUCAAAGAAUUCUCUAAAUAUGAUGCGAAAGAACUUCCUGAAUUACCUGCUGCUCUUCGUCUAAUUCCAUUAGUUACUUAUUGGGUUAUACACACUAUUGUUGCUUCAAAAAUUGAGCUCUCCACUUAUCUGAGCGAAACCGAGAAUCAGCCACAGAGAUAUUUGAAUGAAUUGUCUGAAAAAAUUGGCUUUGUUCUUGCUGAACUUGAAAAGCAUCUAGUAGCUAUCCGAGAACAAUUUGAGGAGGUUGAUCUUUACCGGUGGUUGGUUGAUCAUAUUGAGCAUUAUCAUACUGACAUUACAACGGUUAUUGCCAAGCUGCUUAGUGGCAAACCUGAAACCAAACCCCUUUUUGAUGGCACUACUCAUAGAGAGGUAAAUGUUCACGAAAGUUUGUCCGGAAAGUAUGUGAUAUUGAUAAUUUCUGGGUUGGAUAUCUCAGAGGAUGAUAUCAGAGCUUUUCAUAAGAUCUAUGAAGAAUUGAAAAGAGAUACAAGGUAUGAGAUUGUUUGGGUUCCAAUAAUCCUAGAGCCCUAUCAGGAAGAAGAUCGAAAGAGAUAUGAAUAUUUGCGAUCUACAAUGAAAUGGUAUUCAGUAGAAUUUACUACAAAGAUAUCUGGGAUGAGAUACAUUGAAGAAAAAUGGCAACUUAGAGAGGAUCCAUUAGUUGUGGUGUUAAACCCACAAUCUAAAGUGGAAUUCAUGAAUGCAAUUCAUUUGGUUAGAGUUUGGGAAAAUGAAGCAAUCCCUUUUACACUUGAUAGAACUCAAGCUUUGCUAAGAAGAAAUUGGCCUGAGUCAACUCUCAUCAAAUUCACUCACCAACCAAGACUUCAAAAUUGGAUUGCGAGAGACAAAAGUAUACUAUUCUAUGGAGGAAAGAACCCAUUGUGGAUCCAACAAUUUGAGGAGAGAGCUGAAAUCUUGAGAAGUGAUCCUUUGAUAAUGGAUGGAGGAUCGUUUGAGAUCGUACGUAUUGGAAAAGAUGCAACAGGACAGGAUGAUCCAGCGCUCAUGGCUCGUUUUUGGACAACACAAUGGGGCUAUUUUGUAGUCAAGAGUCAAAUAAAAGGUUCAAGUGCAAGCGAAACAACAGAAGACAUUUUGAGAUUGAUAUCAUACCAAAAUGAAGAUGGUUGGGUUGUUCUAACUGUAGGAUCAGCCCCAGUGCUCGUUGGUCGUGGGAUUUUGAUAUUGAAAUUACUUGAAGAGUACCCCAAAUGGAAGCAAAGUUUGAGGAUAAAGGCUUUCCCUGAUGUGGUUAGAGAAUACUUCAAUGAAUUGGCUCUCCAAAGUCACCAAUGUGAUCGAGUAAUUCUUCCUGGAUUCAGUGGAUGGAUUCCUAUGAUUGUGAAUUGUCCUGAAUGUCCUCGUUUCAUGGAGACUGGUAUUAGCUUCAAGUGUUGCCAUGGAGGCACUCAUAUGUGAUCAUCCAAAGUGAGUUAUAUUUUAUCAUUUUAUUAUAUUCAUAUACUACUAAUUAAGACUACUAUGUAUAAUAAGAUGCCAUCUUUGGUGGCAAUUGAGUUGUGUGUGUUUUUUCUAAUGUAAUCGAGACAUAUGAUCUCGGUUCUAGUUAUCAUCGAUUGAAUAUUUGUACGAUUUAUUUAUGUUAUUUAACUAAAUGAUAAUUUUAUCUUGUUUUUUAUAUAUAUAAAUUUCGACAAA